AUGUUUUCUUGUCGAAGCUCAUGCAAUAAUCAAUCAUUAAAGCUUAAUUUUGAGCCGCUAUUUUUGGCUUGUUUGCUUCAUUAUAGCACUAUUGCAAGAAUAGCCAUUAAAAACAAUAUACUGGGGAAAAACAGAGCAUGUAAAUCUCGUAAGUGUUGUGAAGGUUUUUUCGUGAACUAA